GUUCGCUGAACCGGGCGAAUCCGAGUCCGCACCUCCCACAUCGAUCGAGUGGAGAUCCCUCCUUAGACCUCUCUCUCGGUCCUCCGUCUCUUUCGUUUCCUCCGCUGGAAAAUGAGGAAGGUGCACAUCGACGAUGUCCAGCCGGCGACGGUGGAUGAUCAUUUCGAUGCCAUUAUGGCCGAGAAGGAGGACAUAGACCCAAACCCGUCCGAGAUCACACCCGACGACAUGCCGGAGUGGUUCAACGAGGAACUUUUCAGAAGAGGCCAGCAAUAUUACCGCAGGAACAAGCUCGCCAUGGGGGGUGCGAGUACUCUGGGGCUGGUCGCGGUUCUCGUGAUCCCAACCAUCCUGAAAGUCUUGACGUACACAAAGUCCAGCUCCACGCCUUGUACCGCCUUCAAGAGAUACCUGGAAACCGUGCUACACACUAAUUACCUGUACACCUGUGACUUCAAAGAUCCAAAUUCAAAAUUGUACAAAAGUUUGAACGUGAUCCGGUAUAAGCACUGCAUCAACUCCAGAAGAUCGGUGAACGGCGGGGCGGGUGCCAUCACUCAGAAGAACAUGGUGCUCACGCAAUUCGGGUUUUUGGGCUAUGCUCUGCUCAGACCGAAGGAACUGAGCUUGACAAACGAGCCCGAGGAGCGAGAGGGCCUUAAUCAUCUUUGGCGCGUGGUCGGUCAUAUGAUCGGAAUUCCGGAUCGACUGAAUUUGUGCCGGAAAAACGAGGCCGAAACGACCAAGCUAUGCGAGAGGCUGAUGAAGGAGGUCUUCGCAAAGCACAUGAAAGAGGAUCCCCCGAACUUCAGAGAGAUGACGAGCAUCAUGUUGGACGGUCUGCGAUGCGUCGACGUUUUGCUCGAUGCGGACGCAUUUCUGGCUUUUACGUACGAGAUGACAGAUCUGAAAUAUCAGAGGCCACUGGGACUCUACAGUACGCUGAAUUUCAUGUUCAGGUCAACGUUGUUCACCAUCCUUGGUCUCCCAUACAUCGGUGUUGUCCUUAGAGUCUACUACAACUAUUACCUGGCCUUCAAUUAUUGGCUUCAGGAGAGGUGGCAGUUAAUAGCAUGGCUAAGAUUUGGGAAACAGAACGUGCACAUUAACGUCCACCCAAAAUUGAAGUAAAUCCAUUCCAAGGAUUCCGAUAUGUACUUUGGUACCUUUAUCAGAGGGUACGGCGUACGUGUUUUCACUAAUUUCUUUUUAUCUCCCCGAACGCGACGUCGCUUCGUCGAGGAAAUUUUAAUCUCUCCCAGGAAAUUGGAAGAUGUAACGGUGUUUUAUCAUUUUACACAAAGACCAGCGCAAUUUUUGUAAUUAAUGACUGCAUAACAUCAGUUUUAUACAGAC